GCCAGGGAGCUCCCACACAGCCAGCGAGGAAAAUGAAGCUCCCGAUCUUCAUAGCAGAUGCCUUCACAGCGACAGCUUUCCGGGGCAAUCCUGCUGCAGUCUGCCUGCUGGAGAGAACAUUGGAUGAAGAUACCCAUCAGAACAUUGCAAGGGAAAUGAACCUCUCUGAAACCGCUUUCAUCCGAAAAUUGCAACCAACGGAUGACUUCACACAAAGUUCCCGUUUUGGGCUGAGGUGGUUUACGCCAGAGGCUGAGUUCCCCUUGUGUGGCCACGCCACCCUGGCGUCUGCGGCUGUGCUGUUUCACAAAAGAAAGAACACAAACAGCACCCUGACCUUUGUCACGAUGAGCGGGGAACUAAAGGCCAGAAGAGCAGAAGACAGGAUUGUCCUGGACUUUCCUCUCUACCCGACCUUCCCCCAGGACGUGCACGAAGUUGAAGACUUGAUAAAGGCAGCCAUAGGUGACACUAUAGUCCAGGACAUCCGGUACUCUCCAGAUACCAAAAACCUCCUGGUCCGGCUCAGCGACUCUUAUGACAGGUCCUUCCUAGAGAGCCUGAAGGUGAACACAGAGCCUCUGCCUGGAAUUGAGAAGACAGGGAAGGUGAGAGGCCUCAUCCUCACCCUCAAAGGAGAGCCUGGGGGGCAGACGGCCCCGUAUGACUUCUACUCCAGAUACUUUGCACCGUGGUUUGGUGUGGCUGAAGACCCUGUAACAGGGUCCACCCAUACUCUUCUUGGCCCCUACUGGUCUGAGGAGCUGGGAAAGAAGGAAAUGCGAGCCUUUCAGUGUUCCCGCUGA